UUCCCCUCGGUUCUCCGUUCCCUCUCCCCAGCGACGCCGAUAACAAGCCUUUGCGCGCGCCGCCCUAACCCCUCUUGCCCUGGUCGCGGAACCCUGCCAUCUCCAUGCGACGGAGCUUCUACGAGUUGGAGGAUUAGAGCGCGAUUCCUCUUUCCGACAAUCUCGGGAAAUUGCCCUGACCCAGUGGAAGCAGCAGAUGCUGGGGGUGAAAGAGAUGGUGCGUAGCAGCAAGAGGAAAACCAGUACCACGCCGCCCUGUGGGAUGACCCUAUGCAACAAGAGGAAGAAGGCUGCUGUACCCGUGUCACUCCCAGAGGAGAUGCUGAUGCAGGUGCUGCUGCGGCUUCCCAUCAAAGCCAUCCUCCGCUCCAGAGCGGUCUGCUGCUCCUGGGCUGCACUGCUAUCUUCCGAUGAGUUCCGCAGCCUCCACAUGGAAAUCACUAAGACGGUGCCAUCAGAACUAAAGGUACUGCUUGUAUCACCGACAGAAAGAUUUGACUCCACUGGCGUGUACUCGUGCUCGCCGCUCGGCCCCAUAAGAAACGACCAACUUCUGUUCACUCUUGACCAUGCCCACCGUGACUCCGUGAAAGUUCUGACGCCCAUACCGUGCCGUGGCCUCACACUUCUGUUUGAUGAUGUCACGCCGGCUUACUACCUCUGCAAUGCAGCCACACGGGCAGUCACACGCCUACCACCUUUCGGUGAAGCGUUCGAUUCGUUCUCUGCUGGACUGGGAUUUGAUGUCCGGAGACAGCAGCACAAGGUGGUGAGGUUGACCAAUGAGAUGGGGACGGUCAAGUGUGAAGUGUACACGCCUGGAAGUGAUUGCUGGAGGCCGGCUGCCAGAGGAGUACCCUUCAGGUUGUGCCGUGUUGCAACAAGUGCUCUGUGUAAUGCAGAGGACAACACAGUAUCACCCGUGUUUGCAAACGGAUGCCUGCACUGGUUGGUUGCUCCUUACAAUCUAAAUGCAAAGCCAAGAACUGCUAUCUUAUCCUUUUCUGUUGCAGAGGAGACCUUCACGUCUGUACGAGCACCAACCUUCGGACCAACAGUGCGUACAUUACCCUUCCCCUUCAUAGCAUCAGGAGGGUUAACAGAUCAGUGGUUCCCCUGGCACUGGGCUGGCCGGGCAUCAGAAGAACACCUAACAGUGGUGGAUAACCAACUCUGUAUGGUCCGUGACCUUCGCACUAACCCUUAUGGUAGCACUCUGGAGAUAUGGAAACUGCUAGAUUAUAGUGCUGGCGAUUGGUCACUGAAUCAUUGUAUCAAUUUGUCUGGGCAUGCGGGAAGAGAUCUACGUGAGCCACAGAUCGUGUCAGUUGUUGGCAAUUGCAGGCCAGGGAAGAAGAUAAUCAUCGCUUCUAGCACGCACAAGGUCCACGACACCUUUAAAAAACAGGUUCACACCUAUGACCCUAGUUCUGGAGCGCUCAAAACCAUUCUUUCAGUCACCGAGACACACACAUCUCUUAACGAGACGCCCCCUGGUCUAAGAUUCGGUUUAAUUGAAGAGAGCCUUACCCCAGUGCAUAAAACAGAUGAAGAGAUAGCCUUGUCACGUACCCUCGCUAAGGUGACUAAAGAAAUUCUACUCCGUCUCCCAGCUAAAUCAGCCGUACAGUCCAAAGCUGUCUGCAAGCAGUGGCUCAGACUGAUUGAGAGUGAAAACUUCAUUGAGACAUACUCUAAACAUAAGAACAUGGAUAAAAGGCCAAAGGUCAUGCUUAUUGGAGAAGGUUCUGGACACAUGGGCUUCAGUUUUGCUCCCUUAAAUAGAUGGAUCAGAGAAGCUCAUAAUCACAGUGCAUUACUUUGUAGAAAGGUGAUUUGCUCCAAGCCUUGCCAUGGGCUCAACCUGAUAAGCACGGAGACAGAUAACUAUUUGUACAACGCAUGUACUGGUUUCUACAGGGUCUACCAUAGCAAGAAGCCAAAGAUGCACCUGCCCUCCAGAGCCUGCAGAGUACAUAAAGCAGAACAGCAUGCUUUCACAGUUGGGAACAAGAACGCUGGCUUGACAUUCGACCCUUUGAGUCGUGAGCAUGUUAUUGUGGAAAUUUCUUAUAAUCUGAAGGACUACAAAUCUCGCCAAUACGACUUGGAAUGCACAUUACGGUGGUGUAAUUCUGGGGGUCAUGCACGAGGAAACUCUGUACCAGUACUGCCUCUGCCUGUGAAUGAAAUGCCACCUGCCUAUGUUGAAGGGCUGCUGUACUGGAUGAGUGAACCAAGACUGGGACGGAGCCGCAAACGGGCCAUUGUCUCGUUUGACAUUGCUAGGAACAAGUUUGAUGUCAUCCCUUGCCCUCCAUGCAUUGCAAUGUGGAAUAGCACAAGUUCUUAUCAUGCACAUGUGGUUGAGCUUGAGGGAGUUUUAUGUGCUAUUUUAGCAGACCCAGUGGCAAACAGUUUAGAUGUAUGGAAGCUAGAGCAUGACCAAUGGGGCAGACCAUAUUCCAUCUGCUUGAAAGCAUCGCCUGACUAUUCCCUUGGGACAAAUGUGGUGGUGCCAUUAGCUGUUGAUCCCUAUGACAGCAGGAUCCUUCUGAACAGCGGGACGAAAGUAGGUCUAUAUGAUCCAGUGGAGCAAACAGUUGAAAGUCUGUAUUCACUUGAUCAGGUACAUGGUGCCGCAAGUACGGCACAGCUUAGAGUUUGUCAAGGAUCUGACAUUAACAAGUGCAGACAUUCUGGGCCCUGUAAUCCAUCUUUAUCAGGGAGUAAUUUGACAUGCUCCAAAGACCAAUCGUCAGGGGAGAAAUAUAGACUGGACACUGAAUUUUUGCCUCUUGUCCCUAUGCUAUAUGAGGAGAGCUUAGCAUGGUAUCCCCGUGUAGCCGAAGCAAGAAAGUUGCGGUGACACCUUGUCAAAUGCUAGCAAUUCCAUUCUGAUUUAGGUUGAUUAUCUUGGACAUAUUUUUAAGUAGUAGUAUGAAUGAUACCUCUGUCUAUAAAUAGUCGUCUGAAAUUUGUCUAAAUCUAGAUGUAGAUGCUAUUUGCUGGCUUGCAUUGUCUGCAUAAUAUAACUGUGUUAUGUGUUACUCGUAUGGCCAAAGCAAGUACUUAUGUUUAUGUUAUCUGUAUGAAUAUAAGGUUGUAAAUAUCAUAUUGAUAUUCCUU